UGCGACCCAAUCGAAAUUCGAAAACUUAUUAAUUUUAUUGUAUAAAAAAAAUUGAGAGCGAAGCACAAUGCUGCCAGUACUUAGUUUUGUGAGUCUCGUCUUUGUCUGCAACAUCAAUGCUGGAAAUUUGCCUGAAUACAUUCAACGAUGCGAUUUGGAAGACAAGAAUUUCGUGGAAUGUGUGAAAGAAAAAAUAUCAACUACACUGCCUUACUUCACGAAAGGCAUUAAGGAGCUUGAUGUGCCGCCUUUGGACCCUGUAAAGUUGGACGAUAUCGACAUCAAUGGAAACGGACUGAACCUCUCAUUUACGGAUGCCAAUAUGUACGGAAUCAGCAACGCUGUCAUCACGAAUCUCAAAUUGGACAUCGGGAAAGAUGACGAAACGUUUUCGCUACAAUUCAAGUCUAACAUGACUCUCAUGGCCAAGUACGUUAUCAACGGCAGGAUUCUCAUCCUGCCCAUCCAGGGGAAAGGAGAUGCUAAGGUCAAAGCCAAUAAUGUGGAAGUGCAGAUCGACAGUAAACUGAGCCAUGUAAAAGACAAGGCGGGAACUCACUUCAGACUGGUCACGCCGAUUUACAAAUAUAAUAUCGAGAAGACUACAUUCCAGUUCGAUAACUUAUUCAACGGAAACAAACGGUUGUCGGACACGACACACGAAUUUGCUAAUCAAAACUGGCGGCAGCUGAUGGACGAUCUCUCUCCGCCAUACAUCAAACAAAUUGUCAAGACCUGCGUGAAAGCCAUCAACAAAUUCUUCGCCAAGUUUACCAUUCAAGAAAUGGUGAAGAACUACAAGGAAAACUAAAAUGUGAUAAUUAAAAAAAGGAAGGGAAUUAGGAAUCAAUCUCUAGAAAAUUAAUUAAUAAAGUAAGACUCGAGACUCGAAGAUAUUUCACUUCUCCAGACUCAUAUGUACUUGACGCCUAGUAAUAAGAAAAAGAUAUGAUUUGAUUUGUGUGCAGAUUGCUCUGCAUUAGAUAUGAGCGCCGAUAAUAGACCAAUCAGCGGCGCCGCGCCGACGAAAAUCUGUCGGCGGUGGUGGGGGCGUUUCGGCGGCGCGAGUGCGACCAUGAAACGAAUUUGUAUAAACAAACACCGUGUAUAACGGUGUUUGUAUUUACAAAAACCGUAAUACAAAUAUUUUGUCAAAGGAAAAAUAAAAUAUCGUAUUU